UUUGCUUUUUCCUUGCUUUACUUUGUUUUUUCCUUCCUCUCUCUCUCUCUCUCUCUCUUCUUUCCUCUUUAGAGCAGGGCUGGCUGGCGGAGGCUUAUAGAUUCUUCAACGUCUUCUCACUCCACCGGCUGGAAGGAUGGAUCCUUAACUUCUUCAUGUUCGCGUUGCCUCUUCUUUUUCUUUCUUUUUAACCUUACUUUUUCUUUCUGUUAACCACCAUAUCCGUUCCUUACUAAUAAUUCCCUUUCUCUGAAACCAUCUUCCUGCAAUCUCUACUGGGAUUUUGAGCUCUUCAAAUUCUUCAGUAGUGCAAAUAUAUGCUGUUUAAUAAGGUUAAACCGUCGGCGGAGUCUUAAAUCAUUUUCCAUUAUCAGUAAUAAGUAGCAGUAGUUUUCCAAUAUCAGUAAUAUGGGUAACUUUUACUUCAUUUCUCUUGUUUUCUGAUAUGGGUUUCUGAGUUGAUGGUUGUUGCUUGGUGUUUCUGCUAAUUAUAUGUGCUCCCCACAUCAAAACUUUUCAUACUUUUUCCCUGAAUCUUCUCACCCUUGCAUUCCCAACUUCCACUUUUUACUAGAUUUGCUUACCCACUUCCAUUUAAUCUCAAUCUUCUGCCUUUAGUGCUAGCUUGGAACCAAAAGGUCUAAAAUUUAACAUUAAAGCUGCUGAUAGGAAGAAUAUGGCGAAAGUUGCAGUCAAAGAUGGACUUAAUAUUGGGGUUUUAUAUUUGUUUGCGAUGUUGUGCAGCGUUACUGGAAUUGGUGUGAACUGGGGAACACAGGCAUCCCACCCUCUACCCCCAGACACUAUAGUAAAGAUACUAAGAGAUAAUGGGUUUCAAAGAGUGAAGCUUUUUGAUGCAGAUUAUGGUACACUUAAGGCUCUGGGUAAGUCUGGGAUUGAGGUCAUGGUGGGAAUCCCAAAUGACAUGCUUGCUUCUGUGGGUGGCAGCAUGAAGGCUGCUGAGAAAUGGGUUGCCAAAAAUGUUUCCCAACAUAUCACCUCCAAUAAUGUCAACAUCAGAUAUGUUGCUGUCGGUAAUGAACCUUUCUUGGAGACGUAUAAUGGCAGCUACCUUGGAAUAACCUUCCCUGCUCUUCGGAACAUCCAGUCUGCCCUGGUAAAAGCUGGGCUUGGUAGCCAAGUGAAGGUUACUGUUCCCCUCAAUGCUGAUGUUUAUUCAAGUUCAAGUGGCUAUCCAUCUGGUGGUGACUUCCGUACUGAUAUCCAUGACCUAAUGCUUACAAUUGUCAACUUUUUGAGUGUUAGUGGUGCUCCCUUCACAGUGAACAUCUAUCCCUUUAUAAGCCUCUAUUCUGAUCCCAACUUCCCAGUCGAGUAUGCAUUCUUUGAUGGCAAUGCAUCGCCACUAAAUGAUGGUGGGAUGCUAUACUACAACAUGUUUGAUGCUAAUCUCGAUACUCUUGCAUAUGCAUUACAGAAGAAUGGAUUUGCAAAUUUGCCCAUUAUAGUUGGGGAGAUUGGGUGGCCCACUGAUGGAGACCAAAAUGCUAACAUAGAGUAUGCCCGACGUUUCAAUCAAGGUUUUAUGUCUCAUAUUUCAGGUGGGAGGGGAACCCCAAUGAGACCUGGGCCGAUAGAUGCAUAUUUAUUUAGUUUGAUCGAUGAGGAUGUUAAGAGCAUUGCUCCAGGAAAUUUUGAACGCCACUGGGGGACUUUUACUUUUGAUGGGCAGGCCAAAUAUCCUCUCAACCUUGGUACUACAAACUCUGGAGCUUUAGUUCCUGCAAAAGAUGUUCAUUACUUGGAAAAGAAAUGGUGUGUGAUGAGGCCUUCAGCCAGACUUGAUGACCCACAAGUGGCACCAAGUGUGAGCUAUGCAUGUGGGCUGGCUGACUGUACUAGCCUUGGUUAUGGAACAUCUUGUGGAAAUCUUGAUGCUAGGGGGAACAUAUCUUACGCCUUUAACAGUUAUUUUCAGAAGAAUAACCAGCUUGAAGUAGCCUGCAAAUUUCCGAAUCUUUCAAUGAUCACAAAAAUCGAUCCCACUCCCACAGUGGGAAAUUGUAAAUUUCAGGUAAUGAUCCAGCCGUAUUAUGAAUCCGCUGCUGCACAAAGAUAUGGGUUUACCCUGAAGCAAUUGGGUUUGGUUUCUGUUCUUAUUCUUAUUUUGCUAACGGUUCUAUGAAUUGGUAGGAUUCUAAUUGAGGUAUCAUUCUACAAACUAUUCACAAUGUUGGCUGUUGGAAGGUGUAUCGAAGCUUAUGAGCGAUAAAUGGUAAAGAUGUCUUGAAUUUUGCUAUCCUGAAGGCAAACUUUUGAAGCUAAGGAUUUUGAUUUAGAAUUUUAAUUAUUUGAGUCGGAUUUAAUAUUUUGAUGUGAGGUGGGUUUAGAUGGGUUUAACAUCCUGGAUAGGUGGACUGGCAUAGUUUCUGGUUUACAGGUUUGUUGGUCAAUUCCUAAGGCCAAGGGGCCUUAAUCAUGUUGGUUUGGUUUUUAUUUCUAUUUUUGUUUUUUGUUUUAUCCUAUGAUUAGUUAUCGUUAUCCCAUUUAUUUAGGAAUAGAGAUUUUAAAAUAAUGCGUAUUCAUAGGUUCUACCUUGCUUUGAUUCGAUAUAAGUUAUUUUUUGAAACUCAAGGUUAUUGGGUCGGAAUAAGCUUUCAUACAAAAAUUGUUAAGGCUGGUCAGAGUCAAAUUUAGAGUGUUUUUGUUUUGUUUCGU